AGACAAUCCAUAUUGAUAAAAACAAACUAUAAAUCGUAAUCUGAGGCAUUAAUACAAAUCUAAAGUGUGAAAUAUGAGCAUAUUAAAUAAUAAAAAUCUGCAAGAGCUUUGUAGGACUUGUUUGAGUAGCCUUGAUUCUCAAAUAACAGAGAAGAAAAUUAGCUAUAAUGUUUACGUUGUACCCAACCUAAGCAAAUUAUUAAUAUUAUUUACAUCAGUUGACUUGAAUAACGAGAAUGAAGAUUACCCGAAUAGUCUUUGCCAGCUAUGUUACGAUAAACUAUUAGAUUUCCAGUCUUUUCGGGAUUUAGCAUUGAAAUCAGCGGAGUUGCUCUAUGGCUUUUUAAAAGAAACUUCUAAAUGUGACUCACUAUUUGAAAGAGAACCGAGUAAAACAAAUCAGAAAAAUGAUAAAUCUGAAAAGAAGUCUAUAAAAAUGGACCAUGAUAAUUAUGAUAAUCAAUUACUGCUUCCUGAAUUGCUCAUCAAAUCCGAGCCAAUUGAUGAGGAGCUGCAACUAAGUGAUUCCAGAAAUGUCUCCGGAAUUUAUGAUUCAUUCGUUGAGAAUUAUAAAACAAAAAUGGAAAUUAAUAAUGUACCUGAAAAUAAUGGUUUCGAUACCACAUAUGAUUCUAUCGUACAUGUCAACAAAGAUGAAGUACAAAACUGCAAAUUAGAUGUAAAUGUAUUAGGUAAUAAUAUUCCAACCAAUGAAUGUAGCGUCGAAAGCUAUAAAAUUAAAUCUGAAAUUGAUUCAGAAUAUGAAGAGGAUAUCACUUUUUAUGAAAAUAACGCACUGGGUACUUCGUAUGAUUCAAUCGGUGAUGACGCAGAUGACGAAGAACAUGCUCUUCGUAAUGGAGAUGCAAAUUCCUCUAGUAUUUUGUUGAAUGCAUCUUCAUCACCAAAUAAAUAUAACACAUCUCACGAACCCGAUGCACCUUCUUUGGAAGAUAGUCUGCAAGAGGUUCUAGAAAUGCAUCAAGCACAAUUAAACAAAGAAAUUGAAACGGAUCACAUAUGUAAAGAAUGUUCCAGAAAAUUUAGUUCAAAAUGGGCACUUACGCAACAUUUAAAACGGCAUGCUCAAAUAAAGGAACAUAUAUGUAAAGUAUGUGGUGUUGCCAAAGUUACUAGGAGUGAACUACAAACUCAUAUGCGUACUCAUGAACCGAACUUGGAAAAAUUUAAAUGUACUAUUUGUCCGAAGGAAUUUAAACACAAAAAUGCGAUUUCGCGUCAUGUUCGCGUUGUGCACGAAGGUCAGCGCAGGUUUCAAUGUGGCUUCUGUUCGAAAAGGUUUGGAACUCGUCGAUCACAAAUUUAUCAUGAACGUCUUCAUACGGGUGAAAAACCUUACAUUUGUGAUUUAUGCAGUAAGUGUUUUGCUCAAAUGGAAGGAUUAAAAUCACAUAUGAAAAAUCAUGAUAAAAAUCUACGAAAACAUGUUUGCUCCUUUUGCUCACAACGUUUUAUUACUCGACAAAAACUUUUCGACCAUGAAAAUCGUCAUCGAGGUGAUAAACCACACAUUUGCAAUAUAUGUAGUAAGGGUUUUAAUAAGAGCGAUGAUUUAUUUUUGCAUCGAAAUCUACAUUCAACUGAUGAUAACACACCAAAUAUCGAUAUUGAUGUCGUAGACAAUAAUCUAAAUCAAAGUAAUAUGUUUCAUAAUGAAAGUUCACAAGAUAGUGAAAUCCAAAGCGAAGAGAAAGCAUUAAAAGAAAGAAACGCGAAAAACGAUAGCAAACAUAUAGAAACCGAGUAUGAUAGAAAAUUUGUUAAAAAUCAAAAUCAGUUUUCCUACCAAAGAACAGUAAACAACUCAGAAAUGAAGAAUCGCUGUAAUCUGUGACAAAAUGAGCAUUAUAGUCAUGAAAGCUCAAAUUUUAAAAAAUAUUGAUGGUUUCUGUUAUAUAUGAUGUUUGUUUAUUUGUGCUUAAGUAAUAUAUGAAUAUGCUUAAGUUUACUCUAACUCUUACUCUCUAAUAUAAGGUGAAAAAUAUUUAUUAUUAAAUUUUCGUAAUCCAAAUUAUUUUGUAAUGCAAUAAGAAUAAUCACAAUGGAAAAAAUGUGGAUUUCAAACAAGGAAACGAUUAAGCUUCGUUUAUAUCUUUUAUUUAAAGUACGUUAUGAAUAAAUACAUAGAAACAUAGAAGUAUGUUAUAAAUAAA